UCUCCGUUCGCCCACCGACUAGAGUGUCGAUCGCUACUACACGCCCUCUGCGAGUGCUGUGCGGAUUGUGCAGUAGUGGCCUCGCCACACAAUCAAGAAGGGGGUUCGCUCUCGAUCACCGCUGGAAGACGAACGACGCACGGAGACAAGCAGAGGGGUCUCUGGUCUGGUUUUGACUGACUUGUCAUCGUGUUUAGUCUACAAACAAGUUCACACCGGAUCGCUAAUCAUCGGUUCCGAUGGCUUCGAGAUUCCGCAAGUUUGGCGUAACGGCCGCCGGUAUCGCGAUCGGUGCCGCCCUGUCCACCUAUGCCCUGCAGGCCAAAGAUGGCGCACAGUACCAGGUGCAAAUGGAGGAAAUGCAGCGUAUCCGGCGUAAGCGUACGUUGCCGUCCCGAUCGGAACAGAUCCGCGCACUGCAGAGUGGCGAAGAGUACGACGUGCUGAUCAUUGGCGGUGGCGCCACCGGAGCGGGCUGCGCCCUGGACUCAGUGACGCGCGGCCUAAAGACGGCCCUGGUCGAGGCGGACGACUUCGCGAGCGGUACCUCGUCGCGCUCGACCAAACUAAUCCACGGUGGCGUGCGGUACCUGCAGAAAGCCAUCCUCGGGUUGGAUAUCGAGCAAUACCGGAUGGUGAAGGAAGCUUUGCACGAGCGGGCCUCGAUGCUGCGAUCGGCGCCUCAUCUCACUCGCCCGCUGCCAAUCAUGCUGCCAGUUUACACCUGGUGGCAGAUACCGUAUUUCUGGGUCGGCAUCAAGGCGUACGAUUUCGUGGCCGGCGAUCGCAACGUGAAAAGCUCGUACUAUCUGUCGCGGGACGAUGCGCUCGAGCUGUUCCCGAUGUUGCGCGGCGACAAGCUGCGGGGAGCGAUCGUGUACUACGACGGGCAGCAGGAUGACGCCCGCAUGAACCUGGCAAUCGCCCUGACCGCCGCACGACACGGUGCCUCGAUCACUAACCACGUGGAGGUGCUGGAGCUGCUGAAGAAGCGGGACGAUGCGACCGGCAAGGACGUGCUGUGCGGGGCGAAGGUGCGCGACAACAUUAGCAAGAAGGAGUGGACGAUCAAGGCGAAGUGCAUCAUCAACGCGACCGGUCCGUUCACGGACGGGAUCCGCAAGAUGGACAAUCCGACGGUGAAGGAAAUCUGCUGCCCCAGCUCGGGUGUCCACAUCGUGCUGCCGGGCUACUACAGCCCGCAGCAGAUGGGCCUGCUCGAUCCGGACACGUCGGACGGGCGGGUGAUCUUCUUCCUGCCGUGGCUGAACGGUACGAUCGCCGGUACGACCGACUCGCCGUGCGACGUGACCCGUACGCCAACGCCGACCGAGGACGAGAUUCAGUUCAUCCUGAGCGAGAUCAAAAACUACCUGAACAAGGACGUGGACGUGCGCCGGGGUGACGUGCUGUCGGCGUGGAGCGGCAUCCGGCCGCUUGUGUCCGACCCAAACAAGGGCGACACCCAGUCGCUGGCCCGCAACCACAUCGUGCACGUGAGCGACUCGAAGCUGGUCACGAUCGCCGGCGGCAAGUGGACGACGUACCGUGCGAUGGCCGAGCACACGCUCGACGCGGCGAUCAAGGCGUGCGGCCUGAAGCCGGAACGCGGCUGCGUCACCGACGGGCUGUGGAUCGAGGGCGCCCAGGGCUGGACGCCGACCAUGUACAUCCGGCUGGUGCAGGACUUGGGGCUGGAGGUCGAGGUGGCCAAGCAUCUGGCCAUCUCGUACGGGGACCGCGCGUUCGCCGUCGCCAAGCUGGCCACGCUCACCGGCAAGCGGUGGCCCAUCAUCGGCAAGAAGCUGCACCCGGAGUUCCCGUACAUCGACGCCGAGGUGCGGUACGGUAUCCGCGAGUACGCGUGCAACUGCGUGGACAUGAUUUCGCGCCGCCUGCGUUUGUCCUUCCUGAACGUUCAGGCCGCACUGGAAGCGCUGCCCCAGAUCGCCGACAUCAUGGGGGAGGAGCUGAAGUGGUCCAAGGACGAGAAGGAGCGCCAGGUGAAGUCGUGCGAGCACUUCCUGCAGACCCAGAUGGGCCACCAGGCGAACCGGACGCUCAAGGAGAAGGUGCCGAUCAACCUGUCCAAGGAGGAGGUUACCAUGUACGUGAAGCGCUUCGAGACGAUCGACAAGGAAAAGAAGGGCUACGUGUCGAUCACCGACAUUAAGCGCGCGAUGAAAUCGUUCGGCGACGCGGAGGUGAGCGGCGAGGAGCUGCACGACAUCCUGAAGGAGAUCGACACCAACAUGAACGGACAGGUCGAGCUGGAUGAGUAUCUACAGAUGAUGUCCGCCAUCAAGUCCGGGACCGUGUCGCACUCGAUAUUCGCGGCGGUGGCCGAGCAGGAGGAAAUCCGCAAGGAGCAGGAGCGCCUGAAAAAGCAAAUCACCGUCGACCGCUCCGGAGGUGGCCUAUAAUUCACACCAUCGGCACAUCCGGCAUCGGCACAGCAGGAUCGAUUAGCAGAGUCCGUUGCUCUGCUGACCAAUCGAUCCUCUAUGGCCCAUGAAGCCGUGCCAAGCUUUAACCCCACCCCGCACAAGAGUGAACCAUUUUCAGGAACAUCGAACUCUCCAACGAUGCCCCGACGAAGCUAACCUGACGACUUUGACCGUUCAUCGGACA